AUGAAUGAUCUGGAAUUGAUAAUACGUCAUAUGAGUUGUGUAACCGAAGAAUUGAGAGUCAAUGUCCAUUCAUCCAGUGAUGAUUUUUUCGAUUUGUUCAAAAAGAUCCUAAAAUCCAAAAAAUCUCAAUUGAGAGUCAAUCGAUUUUCGAUAUUUGCGAAAGAUCAAGAUCAAAUUGUGUCAAUUCUGUCAUCUUUAUAUCCGGUUUUUUUGAAAACCAUCAGAAUUUGUUAUCAUGUUGGAACACAGCUAGAAACUGAAAAAUUGGAAACAUUGGAUCAGUGGAAAGGCGCCGAGGAACUGGAUAUCAACGAUACUCAUGCUAUCACUGGGGACAUCAAUAAUUUCACACAUUUCUCAUGCUCUAAAUUUCGCAUUCAAAUCAUUUCAGCAUCAGAUUUGAAUGUUCUGAAAGAGGCAUUCUUCAAAUCUGCAUCCUUCGAAUACUGCUCCAUUACUUAUAAAGAUUUUAACAAUGCCCACGAAAUACCAAAUUUUUUUGGACACCCACAUCACGUCGAUCCAAACAACACCACUGUUCAACGUUGGUCAUUCAAGUACCCGAAUUCACGCAAUGAUAAUCUGCUUAUCGUGAUCCUCAUCCACUGUCCAGAGUUCGAUCGAUGCACUCUUGAAACAUCGAAACCAAUUAAUGUUAAAUCGAUUGAUUCGAAUUUCGGACAAGAGAUUCCACAAGAUCCACCAACCGAAAUGUAUCAUUAUCUUUACUAA